CACAUUUUUAACCAUAACCCAUAAUUUCUUCUAUUCAUUGUGGAUAAUGAGCACUUGAUCAUCUCUCUCUAUCUCUCUCUCUCCCUCUCUCUCUAGGAAUAAGCAAUGAAUGGUGCUUCUGCCUAUGAAACAGAGUACUCUGAGUUUGUUGAAGUUGAUCCCACUGGAAGAUAUGGAAGGUACAAUGAAAUUCUUGGCACAGGAGCUUCAAAGACAGUUUAUAAAGCGUUUGAUGAGUAUGAAGGGAUUGAAGUAGCAUGGAAUCAGGUAAAGUUUUAUGAUUUCCUGCAAAGAUAUGAUGAUCUACAGAGGUUGUACUGUGAAAUUCAUCUCCUCAAGACCUUAAAACACCACAACAUCAUGAAAUUCUACACUUCUUGGGUUGACACUGACAACAGAAACAUAAACUUUGUCACUGAGAUGUUCACCUCUGGCACUCUGAGACAGUUUAGGAUAAAACACAAGCGAGUUAACAUUAGAGCAGUGAAGCAUUGGUGUAGACAGAUCUUGAAAGGGCUUCUCUAUCUCCACAGCCAUGACCCCCCUGUGAUUCACAGAGAUCUGAAGUGUGACAAUAUUUUUAUCAAUGGCAACCAAGGGGAAGUCAAGAUUGGUGAUCUCGGCCUCGCUGCAAUCCGCUGCAAAUCCCAUGUUGCUCUCUGUGUUGGCACACCAGAGUUCAUGGCGCCGGAGGUUUAUGCAGAGGAAUACAAUGAAUUAGUUGACAUAUACUCAUUUGGGAUGUGCAUCUUGGAAAUGGUCACCAUUGAGUAUCCAUAUAGUGAAUGCACCAACCCUGCUCAGAUCUACAACAAAGUUGUCUCUGGGAAAAAACCAGAUGCCUUGUACAAAGUUAGGAAUCCCGAGGUUCGACAAUUCGUUGAGAAAUGCUUGGCAUCAGUGUCAUGCAGGUUAACUGCUGUGGAGCUUCUGAAAGACCCUUUUCUCCAAAUCGAGAAUUAUGGAUCAGAUUGGAGAGAUCUUGACGAAGUAGGCUCUCUUUUAAGACCGCCUCCUCUCAACAACUCAAUCAAUGGUUGUGAAGCUCAGAGUGAUUUGGAUCAUCACUCAGUCGAUUGUGAACAAAAUAAAAUUGAUUGCUUCACUAGUCAAGAGGAUGAGCAUUUGACAAAUGUCAACAUUACCAUCAAUGGGAUGAGGGAAGAAAAUGAUUGUAUCUUUUUAAGGCUCAGGAUUGCAGAUGAAGAAGGCUGCGUUCGAAAUAUCUACUUCCAUUUUGACAUUGAAACUGACAAUGCGUUGAGCGUUGCUACUGAAAUGGUAGCAGCGUUGGAUAUUACUGCUCAAGAUGUGACUAAGAUAGCAGAAACAAUAGACAGCGAGAUUGCUUCUUUGGUACCGGAUUGGAAGAGAGGGACAGGCAUGGAAGAAAUACUCGGUUGCACAAAUAUGAGCUAUUCUCACAAUUGUGCUUCAAAUGGUUGUCAUAACGACUCUCUUCGGUGUUCUCAACAUGGAUGUGAAGCAGUAUGUGGCCGCUUUGAAGAGAUCGCGUACCAUUUUGAAGGGUAUGAACACGAUGGACCUGCAUUAAGUUCAGACAGAUCGAGGGACAUUCACUCUGACUAUGGACACGGGAACCACUCAAACUUGGAAAAGGAAGAGGGCGCAGGUAAAUAUGGAAAAGAGGAGUAAGUCCAAUUCGUGAAACUCUCUCCACGAAUUGUGCCUUUGCAGAUGACUAUGAGAAUGAGAUAAUGGCAAGAAGUGAUGUGGCUCAAUGCUAAGUACCAAAUGCAGUUGAUAGAACUCAGAGAUCAGCAAUUAGGAGUAGUAUCAAAAUCUUCAAGUUUAACUCUCAAUUCUGAUAACAAAGAACUAUAGCGAAUUUCCAUUGUCAUCGGUUCCAACCCCGUUAACAGCCUGUUUGGAUUGACUGAUUUGAUGAGAGCUAAAAAGAAAUGACGAGAAAGAAAACUUUUCUCCGUGUUUGGACAGGAUAGACUAGAGAGAAAUUGAACCCUUCUAGAAUUUGGAGUUUUUGGUAUUUGGAGUUUUUGGUGAUUAUUCGGCUUCCCCUCUCCAUUAAAUAUUAGUUUGUAAUGAGCUUGUAGUUUUUCCAGCUUGUAGAGUCUCCAAACUCCUAGUGAAUUUAACUUUUAGUUAGGUUGAAAUAAGUGAAGGUACAUUGCUCACUCACUUCAUUGAAAAAUGAGCUUUCCCCAAAUCAAGCCAUGUUUACUCCCACAAAAAGGGAGAUUAUUCAUUUCCAUUGGAUGCUUGAGAGAAAGAAAGAGUUAUUUUAUUUCUAUAGAA